UUCACCGGUCUCAGUUGGCCGAUUGUGGGCACACAUGCCCAGGGCGCUUGGGGGGGAGGUCCCAGCAUGUCAACCCAGAACUGUGCCCAUGUGGAUCCGGGUGCCUUAACAGAGAGCCACUGCCUGGGUCCUGGAUCUUUUCCCCGCUCCUGUAACAAUCCUGGGUGCUGGGUGACAGAAUGUGUCCACCCAGGGGGUCAUUCAGAGACCCAGGUGUCCUGUGGCCUCACCUUCCCUCAGGUGCUGCUCCAUAUCUGCUCUCUGAGUUUGGAGCUGACAUGCUCGUUUGAGAAAGUUGGCCUGGAGGUGGCCUGUCACUCUGCUCCCGUCCCAUGGGGUAGAAGGACUCUCAAGGCCCCUCUCAGAUGCCAAGAGGGUGGAUGGGUUCUUGACUGUGGAAGGCGAGACAGCGCCAGGAGCCAGGAGCCAAUCGCCUUCUCUGCUGAGUCCCCACACCAUGGCUGGGAAGAAUCCCAGUGGUGUGGUGGCUGUCCCAAGGGAGACUCAAGAGUUUACAGGAGUUCUCACUGCGCGGUAAGACCUCGAGGGCCACCAGCCAAUCACCGCGUCGCUCUGGCUCCCUCUGGAGCGUGGCUUCCCGCAGCCAUCCCCAUCCAAGGCAGCUGCUCUGGACCGCCCUUAGGUUCUCAGCGCGGCCGCUGGGGGAGAGGGAUGGGACCAGAGGGACAACUGGCCCUCCUCCCCAAGCAGGCCAGGGCGCCUGCCAAGUGGGUCAGAGGGGCCGGGCACGCGUUUCCGCACAGGUUUCAGGGCGCCAGUUCCUCCUCUGGUAACGAUUCUCACUGCAAUGGCAACAGCACAAGCCCUCAGUGCAGACGCAUGGACCCAGUCAUGGAGCUGCGGGAAGAGGCCUGGUCUCCGGGGCCGCUGGAUUCCGAGGACCAGCAGAUGGCCAGCCAUGAGAACCCAGUGGACAUCCUGAUCAUGGAUGAUGACGACGUCCCCAGUUGGCCCCCGACCAAGCUGUCCCCACCCCAGUCCGCGCCCCCAGCAGGACCCCCUCCCCGGCCGCGGCCACCUGCCCCCUACAUUUGCAACGAGUGCGGCAAGAGCUUCAGCCACUGGUCGAAGCUGACGCGGCACCAGCGCACGCACACCGGCGAGCGGCCCAACGCCUGCAGCGACUGCGGCAAGACCUUCUCGCAGAGCUCGCACCUGGUGCAGCACCGGCGCAUCCACACGGGCGAGAAGCCCUACGCCUGCUCCGAGUGCGGCAAGCGAUUCAGCUGGAGCUCCAACCUCAUGCAGCACCAGCGCAUCCACACGGGCGAGAAGCCCUACGCCUGCCCCGACUGCGGCCGCAGCUUCACGCAGAGCAAGAGCCUGGCCAAGCACCGGCGCUCGCACAGCGGCCUCAAGCCCUUUGUGUGCCCGCGCUGCGGCCGCGGCUUCAGCCAGCCCAAGAGCCUGCGCGCCCGGCAGGGGGACGGGCUGGGGGCGGCGGGCGGCGAGGAGCCUGCGCACAUAUGCGUGGAGUGCGGGGAGGGCUUCGUGCAGGGCGCCGCGCUGCGGAGACACAAGAAGGUGCACGCGGUGGGCGCACCCUCCGUCUGCAGCAACUGCGGACAGAGCUACUACCGGGUGGGUGGGGAGGCCAACGACCAACAGCAGGACGACGACGAAGCCUCUGGGCGCUGCAGCGAGUGUCGGGCUGGGGAGGCCCGGUGGGGGGGGGAGCCCGGGGGCGCGGGCGGGCCCCUCGGGCUUGGUGGGGCGGCCACAAGACCUCGGAUGGCGCCCCUUGCCUUCCCUCCCCGCCCCGUGCUGCCACGUGCCCCGGAGGCGGGGCCUUCGGGCCUUAGGGCAGGUGCUUGGCCUCAGGACUCCGCGGCCCUCCGCCCUCCCAGAUGUUGGCAUCUCGUCUGCCCUGCCCUGCCCUGCCCAGGUCCUCGGCCUGCGAGCCAGACAGACAAUGUGAGAACUCUGGAGACCAAGAGGCCGCUGGGCCCUCCAGGGAAGGCCGUCGUCUUUCCUCCUCUUCCCCGGGCUGGGGCUGCAGCGAGGAGAGAGAAGGGCCCUUUGCAUUUAGAGGGUUCCGCAGGGAGGCAGAAGACCGGCCUCGUUUAGAACUUUGUUUUACUCAUACCCACCUUCUCGGUCCCUCCCGACCGCUGUUCUCUGCCCCGGGUAGGUCCCGUGGUCCCCCACCCCACCCCCAGUUGCUCUUCCCUUUCUGAGUGGGGAAGGAGGUGAAGCGGAACUAGCCCCCUGUUUGAAAGGAGCCUCCCUCUGAGGGGGUGCAGCCCGUCCCUGGCCUGGCGUGGGGAGGAAGGCGGGCAAUAAACGGCACUGUCCCGUUGUCCCUGC